AUGGCCGUCACAGGAAACAGCGGAGCAAAAUGUUCUAUUUGUAAUAAAGCAAAUGCAACAUGUCUUUGUUCAGGAUGUUCAAAAGAUUUUUGUUUUCAACAUUUAAUAGAACACCGACAAAUUCUUGAUAAACAAUUAGAAGAAGCCAUCAAUGAUCAUAAUCAAUUUCAACAAACAAUUAUUCAACAAAAACAAAAUCCAUUAAAUUCUUCUCUAAUCAAACAAAUCAAUCAAUGGGAAACAACUUCAAUUCAUCAAAUUCAACAAAGAAUAAAAGAAUGUCGAGAAAAAUUGAUGAAUUUAACACAAAAGUCAAUGAAUGAUGUGGAAAAAAAGUUUAUUGAAUUAUCUAAAAAGUUAAAAGAAAUUCGUGAAGAAAAUGAAUUUAAUGAAGUUAAUUUAAAAGGUUUUCAAUUAAAAUUAACAGAAAUUACACAAGAAUUUCUUAAAUCUUCAAAUAUUUCUAUUCGAGAAGAUUCAAAAGAAUUUAUUAACAAAAUUUCAGUUAUUUCAUCCAACAAAUGGAAACAACAAGGAAUUCUUGUUGCUGGAGGAAAUGGAAAAGAGGAUCACUUAAAUCAACUCUAUGGUCCUGAAGGGAUCUUUAUUGAUCAUCACAACAAUAUUUUCAUUGCUGAAUGGGGGAAUCAUCGUAUUGUUGAAUGGAAAUGUCGUUUCAACAAUGGACAAAUCAUUGCCGGAGGAAAUGUAAGAAUAAAUAGAAAUGAUCAAUUGUCUUAUCCAACAGAUGUUCUUAUUGAUAAACAAAAUGAUUCUUUCAUUAUUUCUGAUUCUUCGAACAGACGAGUAAUUCGAUGUUUUCGUCAAAAUUCAAAAAAAUAA